AUGGCUGCUACCGACUACAAGUUCGAGGGCUGGCUUGGUCUUGACAAGAAUGCCGUCGAGGGCAAGAUGGUGUGGAAGGAGUUCACACCCAAGGCGUGGGAGGAGACCGAUAUCGACAUCAAGAUCACCCACUCCGGCAUCUGCGGCUCUGAUCUGCACACCCUGAGAAGCGGAUGGGGCCCCACCAUGUACCCCUGCUGUGUCGGCCACGAAAUCGUCGGUAUUGCCGUCCGCGUCGGUUCCAAGGCCGAGGGAGGCAUCAAGGUCGGUGACCGUGUUGGUGUUGGAGCCCAGAACGACUCUUGUCUGGGCCGCAAGGGCGACUGCGAGGAAUGUGCCUCCGGUAUGGAGCAGUACUGUAGCCAUGGAAUGGUCGGCACAUACAAUGGCGUCCACUUGAACGGUGACAAAUCGUACGGUGGAUAUGCUCUGUACCACCGUGCUCCCUCCCACUUCGUCUUCAAGAUCCCCGAUGCCAUCUCCUCUGCGGAGGCCGCCCCCAUGAUGUGCGGUGGUAUCACCCUCUACUCUCCUCUGAAGCACUACGGCUGCGGUCCCGGCAAGAAAGUCGGAGUCGUAGGAAUCGGUGGAUUGGGACACUUUGGUAUCCUGUUCGCCAAGGCCAUGGGCGCUGACAAGGUUGUCGCCAUCUCCCGCAAGGCCAACAAGAAGGAGGAUGCUCUCAAGCUGGGUGCUGAUGAAUACAUUGCAACUGAUGACGAUGAUUGGGUUCAGCGCCACAACCGCUCCCUUGACCUGAUUGUUUCCACUGUCUCUUCCUCCAAGAUGCCCAUUGUGCAAUACUGCUCUCUUCUCCGCACCGACGGUGCCUUCGUCCAGAUGGGUGCUCCCGAGGACGGUGCUCUGGAGAUCCCUGCGUUCUCUCUGAUCGGCCGCAGAGUCAAGAUGGGCGGUUCCCUGAUCGGCAGCCCCAGUGAGAUCCGGGAGAUGCUCCAGCUCGCCGCGGAGAAGGGUGUCCACCCCUGGAUCCAGCAGAGACCCAUGAAGGACGCCAACCAGGCCGUUGUCGACAUGGACGCUGGCAAGGCCCGCUACCGCUACGUCCUUGUUAACGACCAGUAA